ACAACGUUAGUACCAAAAAAAUUGAACCCAAACUAGUGUACAUGUUUUUGCGACUUGUUCAAGCUGAAGCCUUUUUUAUCUCAAAUUUUUGUGCAAUUGAAAGGCAUCAAUAGUUGAAUCAACGUUUCUUCUCACUCACUCACUCAAAUCCACUCAACCUUCAUGAGCAUUUCUGACAUCAACACGAAAUUUGGCUCUAAAAUGGGAACACAAGUGGAGAGAGAAGAGAAAGUGUCUUUGGAGCUUAGUGAAGAAAUUCUUCAGAGUAUGGAAGUUGGAAUGUCCUUCAAAGACUACAAUGGUAGAAUUAGUUCGAUGGAUUUUCAUAGGGCGUCAAGUUAUCUAGUUACCGCCAGUGAUGAUGAAUCCAUUCGUCUAUAUGAUGUUGCUGCUGGAACAUGUUUGAAGACAAUUAACAGCAAGAAGUAUGGGGUUGAUUUGGUUUGCUUCACAUCUCAUCCUACAACUGUUAUUUACUCUUCUAAGAAUGGUUGGGAUGAAUCUUUGCGGCUUCUAUCAUUGCAUGAUAACAAGUACUUGAGAUAUUUCAAAGGUCAUCAUGACAGGGUUGUUUCACUUAGCUUGUGCUCUCGGAAAGAUUGCUUUAUAUCUGGAUCCUUAGAUCGAACUGUUUUACUAUGGGAUCAAAGGGCCGAGAAGUGCCAGGGACUUUUACAUGUACAAGGAAGGCCUGCUAUAUCGUAUGAUGAUCAAGGGCUUGUCUUUGCAGUAGCCUUUGGAGGAUACAUAAGAAUGUUUGAUGCACGGAAGUAUGAAAAGGGUCCCUUCGAGAUAUUUUCUGUUGGGGGAGAUACUUCUGAUGCAAAUGUUGUAAAGUUUAGUAACGAUGGGAGACUCAUUCUCUUAACAACUGCAGAUGGGCAUGUCCAUGUUCUUGACUCAUUCCGUGGUACACUUUUAUCCACACAUAAUGUCACGCCUGUCUCAUGCAAUUCUACUUUAGAAGCUUCUUUCAGCCCCGAGGGAACGUUUGUAAUAUCGAGUUCUGGGGAUGGUAGCAUAUAUGCAUGGAAUGUUCGAAGUGGCAAAGAAGUUGCAAGUUGGAGGAGUGCAACUUCUGAUACUGGAGCUCCUGUUGUAAAAUGGGCUCCCGGGAGUCUUAUGUUUGCAACCGGGUCGUCUGAGCUGUCAUUUUGGGUUCCAGAUUUGUCCAAAAUAGGAGCUUAUGUCGUGAAAAAAAUAGUAAACUCUACGCAAUGAAGCAAUUGUUUACCAUCAACCAACUGAAAGAUUAUAUUUUGUUAUUCCUACCGAAAAACGCUGCCAUGGUUCGUAAAUAUUCUUCUUCGAAGGGUAACAGAUAUUUCAGUGAGCCUCCUGAACCGUAGUAGUUAAGAUAUUGAUUAGUAUUUAUGUUAUUUUUACUAUUUGAUUCAUGAUUUGUAGAAGUUAUUUGAUUAUAGUUGCUUGCAAUGUUGCAAAUAACCAUUAAACUGUCAAAACACUAGUACUAGUACUUCUCAUUACAUAGUUGACAAGAACUAAACAAUGACAAAUUAAGAAAUGAACGAACUUAGAUAAUGAUACCUCUAUUAUUUUAUAAAUUACUUUAUACAAAUAGAUCCCUCACUUAGUCAACGCCAUGAUUUAUUCCAUGCAUGAUGCAGCUUAUUCAUUGUUCCAAAAAGCAACAUUGUUGUAACACGUAACUUAUACAUGAAUUUUUCUAAUCCCCACCUGUCUGCUUUGAUGGCUUAAAUAUAUUCUUGAUCAUCAUCUUCAAGAAAUCACAUUGCAUAACAUGCUUUUAAAUAAGUUAGGAACAAAUAGUCUUCUAUUGUUUUGAUAUCGUCAUAGUAUUUUGGUCCUUUGACAACUAUGAGCAUCAACCUUAAAUAAAACAAUAAAUCCGCUUCCCUGUGGCAUAACUUUUUUUCCCCAAGUUUCAAACCACAUUUUCCUCUAACAUAGACAAUCUCAAAAACAAAUUGGCUAUACACCAGGUUUUUAGGUUGUGGAAAAAUUUUAUUUGCUUCAAAUCAAGAUGUAAACGGAGAUUCACUAACAAAUAUAUUAAACAUGAUAACGUCA